AUGGAUUGCCUGGCAUCGCAUAUUCCACCAUCACUGCGUUCUCUUUUUGAGGCGUAUGCGCUUCCCGGUUCGGAGCAGUAUGUCCCAUACGUCGGUGUUGCGCUGACCUCCCUACUCGCCGUGUACGUGGGGUAUCUCUAUUACCGGAGCUGGAAGGAGGCUGCAGUCACAUUCAAUGUGCCUAUCCCAUCGGAGGUUCGCAAGAGCGGCGCGGGCAAGACCUGGGAGGAGGUUCAGGGGCAACAAAAGAUGGUGUUGCAAGAUCAAGUUCGGGGGAAAUGGAACCACCAAUUGAUUAUGAGCUACUGUCCCGCCGAUGGUAGAGUGCUUGGAAACGGAACAAAGCCCGCGACUGUCGACGAUGUCAACGAGGCGGUUCGGAUGGCGGGAGCUGCUCAGCGCGAGUGGGCCAAGUCCACUUUCCCUGAGCGCAGACAGGUUCUCCGAACAUUGCUGAAAUAUGUCCUCGACCACCAAGACGACCUCGUUACCGCAUGCUGCCUCGAUUCUGGAAAAACAAAAGUGGACGCUUCAUUUGGUGAAAUUCUUGUCACGGUGGAAAAGCUCAAGUGGACGAUUGACCAUGGUGAGAAGGCAUUGCUGCCAGAGCGACGUCCUACCAACUUCCUCAUGAUGUACAAGAAGAACAUGGUCACAUACGAGCCUCUUGGAGUGGUCGGUGCUUGUGUGUCCUGGAAUUACCCCCUUCACAACUUCAUCGGUCCCGUCAUCAGCGCACUCUUCACUGGUAACGCAGUUGUGGUCAAGCCAUCCGAGCAAACAGCAUGGUGUUCAAAGUUCUUCCUCGAAAUGGUCCGCGGUGCACUGUCUAGCUGUGGUCACUCGCCCGAUCUAGUUCAAAUGCUUGUCUGUCUCCCUGGUGUCGCAGAUGCCUUCACCUCGCACCCAGACGUUGCUCAUCUGACAUUCAUCGGAUCCCGACCUGUUGCCCACAAGGUGUGUGCAUCAGCGGCUAAGGCUCUCAUCCCAGUGUGUGUCGAGUUAGGUGGCAAAGACCCAGCCGUUAUCCUUGACGACUCCCGCACUCUUCGCAACCUCUCCUCUAUUGCCUCUAUUCUCAUGCGCGGUGUCUUCCAAUCAGCUGGUCAAAACUGCAUCGGUGUGGAGCGCAUCGUCGCUCUUCCAGGUGCUUACCAGCGUCUCAUUGAAAUUGUCACUCCGCGCAUUCAAAAGCUCCGUCUUGGAUCCAUCCUCCUUGAUACCACGACUCCAGACAUGGGCGCUAUGAUCUCUCCUGCCUCCUUUGCUUCUCUCGAAAUCCUCAUCAAUGAAGCCGUAAGCCAAGGAGCCCGUCUGCUCGCUGGCGGCACUCAGCACAAGCACCCAGUCCACGAGCACGGCCACUAUUUUGCACCGACCCUACUCGUAGAUGUGACCCGCGACAUGCGCAUCGCUCAAACUGAGCUCUUUGCUCCCGUCUUCCUCCUUAUGCGCGCGGAGUCCGUCGCCGAUGCAAUCGCCAUCUCGAACUCGACACCGUACGCCCUGGGCGCAAGUGUCUUUGGUCACAACCAGAGAGAUGUGCAGGCUUGCGUCUCUAGCAUCUCAGCUGGUAUGGUCGCCAUUAAUGACUUUGGUAGCUACUACGCUGUGCAGCUUCCUUUCGGUGGCGUGCGGGGUUCUGGGUAUGGACGAUUUGCUGGAGAAGAAGGACUGCGUGGACUGUGCAACACCAAGGCUGUUUGUGCCGAUCGCUUCCCCAAGUUGAUUGGCACCGCUAUCCCACCACGUGUGGACUACCCUAUUCAAAAGAAAGAGGGUGCGGCUGGUGCUAAAGAUGGUCAGAAAGCUUGGGAGAUGUGCAAGGGUGUUGUUGAGACGGGAUACCAGUAUACCCUAGGUGGGUGGAUCGCUGGUCUUCUGCGGUUGUUGAGCAAUAUGUGA